GUGGCGGGCGCCGCGCGCUUCCCUGUCCCGGGGCCGGGGCGACAGGCGGGAUGCCUUCGCCAUGGAAACGGAUAAGCUUUUCGGCCGCCUCCACGCUUUGCGUCGGCUCCGUGGCCCUCCUGCUGACGGCCCUGUCCACAGAGCGCUGGGUCAGCGGCCGCAUCCUGUGCCAAACCGGCGUGGACAUUGUCAACGCGUCAAGCCCGGAGAUGGAACUCUUCACCGGGUCCGUCCACUACGGGCUCUUUGCCGGAGGGAAGACCAAGAAGUGCGGACUGGGGACCAGACGCUCCAAAAUACACAUCUUCCCAAAUCUGGUGCGCUCGUUGAACGGCGGCCUUCACAUGAUGGUGAUCCUCUUCUUGCUUGCGGCGGUGUUUUUCGCACUGGUCAGUCUCUCCUUCAGCAUUUACAACGCACGCAAAGUCCCCUACCAGAGUAUCAAGGGCCAUAAAGGACUCUACCUGUGGAACAUCAUCGCAGCCGCAUUUGGCGGCUUGGCGGCGCUGUGCUUUCUGGCGGCCGUGAGGCGGCACAGCCUCACCGAGCGUGUGGUCAACUACGGGGAGAAUCUUUUCGCUUUGGCGGUCCUGGACGACGCGUUGGACUGGUCCUUCUGGUUGAGUGUCGCCAGCGCCGCUACUCACCUGCUGGUGUGCGGGGCGGUGGCCGUCAGCCGCGUCAAGAUGCCCAAAACCGAGGUCAAGAUGCCUCAGGAGCCCACCAUCUCCGCUCUUGAUCUGCUCUACUGACUUGGAGCGGAAAGCUGAUUGCAUUGGGGAUUCCGUCAGUCACUCAUUCAAUUUAGGGCCGUUGAAUGUGCCAUUGGAAAUGUUUGAGAAGAUUUCUGUCAGGUUUUGACAGAAUUGCACUUUUUUUGCCCAACACUGGCUGAUAACUUUAGUGCGCCUUGACUUUGUGAAUGUCUGGAUGUGUGAAUUAUGGGGAUUUCAAGGAAACUGUAGGACAAGUAGCAUUUUGAAUAUUGAAAUCUUUUGCCAUUAGAAAUGAAUGGGGCUUUUUUGUCACCGAA